AUGACGCUCCGCACGGUCGCCCGCUGCUGCUUCUACGCCUCGCUGCUCGGCGUUGCGCUCCUCCUCGCCGCCGCGGUGGCCACCCGCCCUGCCGUUGGCGCAACGAUGUCUGACACGCUUGCCGCCGCCAUCGCGGACGGCGCUAGGGGCGGGCUGAGGCUCGGCAGGUACGCCAGGGACAGAGCCGUCGGCGCCGUGCCCCCCGCGGCGCGGCCCCACGUCCAUCAGUUUCUUGCGGGAGCGACCUCCGUGGCGCUAGUGGGGCCUGGACUCCGCUUCAUGCCGGGCCCGCCGGCGGCAGCGGCGCCCUCGGCAACGUCCUCCGGGACCGCGGCGCCGUUGAUGAACUUCGUCAGGGCCGUUGCGGCGCAGCCGGUGGAGAAGCUCUUCUACGCGUUGGGCGGUAUUCUGGUGGAGUUGCUGCUCCUGCGCCUGCUAGUGAGCCCGCCGCGGCUUCCCUCCUUCGCGGGGACCACGCGUGGCGACAAGGCGAACGCGCGCAGGACGCUGCCGCAGCGACUCUUCUCCACCCACGCCGGCUGGGGGCUGCUCGUCCUGUGCGUCGCCGUCCCCAACGGCGUGGUCGAGGCGGGGCUGAUAAUCGCCAUGCUCACCCGUCUGCCGCUCGAGACCUACGCCCCAGCACUAGUGAUCGGCAAACUCGCACAGCCGUACUUCGCCGCCGCCCUGCGCGAGCUGCCGUGUGUGCGGCGGCUGAUGCAAACGACCUUCUGGUUCGCGGUGGGGACGGAGAAGGCUGCCGCCAGCGUCCUCCGCUUCGCUGCUGCCGCUGCAAAAGACGGUGGUGGAGGUGGCGCUGUGGGUGACGGUCGUGGCACUCGUCCUGCUGCUCGUCGCCCGGCUCGUGUGUGCCAAGCCAGCCACGGCAGUCGAAGAGGACGAGGACGGGGAUGCCCUGAUGAGCGACGAUGA